CAGGUACCCAUAUUGUGCACUUGGAUAUCAGAAAUAUGGGACCGAGAAUCCAUCAACAGUGAAGAUACCACCACCGACACCCCGCGCAAGGGAAUAUCCUCCGCCGGUCCGUUGGAUAUUCCACCGCGCUCUUUGCCCUCCUCAAUUCGCGUUAUUUCGUGGCGCCUGCCCCUCGCCGCCGGUGGAAUCGCUCGAUCCAUCGAUCCAGCUGCCGCGGCCGCCAACGAUCGAUCGCGCGCAUCGCCAUGGCGAGGUGUGGCGAGCUGUGGUAGAGAAGGGAGCGAUCGAUGCUACAAUGUCAACCCUAACUUUUUAGCGACGAGCGACGAGGGUGCUGUGUGUGUUCUUCGCGGGGGAAUGGCAGCAAAUGGCUACUGGGGGGCAAUCACUUCCAGCACAGAGUGGUGCGAGAGGAAUUACGAGCGCUCUCGCUACAUUGCCGAGUUCUUCAACACGCUGUCCAAUGUGCCGUGCAUCCUCCUCGCCUUCAUUGGCCUCUACAACUCAAUCUCCCAGAGAUUUGAGAAGCGAUUCAGCGUCCUCCACCUCGCCACAAUUGCGCUGUGCAUCGGGAGCAUGCUCUUCCACGCGACCCUCCAGCACGCGCAACAGCAGAGCGACGAGACUCCAAUGGUCUGGGUGAUGCUCCUCUACAUCUACGUGCUCUACUCCCCGGACUGGCACUACCGCAGCACGAUGCCGACGUUUCUCUUCAUCUACGGUACCGUGUUUGCGAUUCUCCACUCACAGUUUCGAUUCGUCCUUGGUUUCGAGCUCCACUAUCUGUUCCUGACGCUGCUGUGCCUCCCUCGGAUGUACAAGUACUACAUCCACUCCAAAGGCACUCCCGCUCGGCGCCUGGCUCGCUGGUGCAUCAUCACGACGCUGGUGGCAGCGUUUUGCUGGGUGAUCGAUCGAAACUUUUGCGGCAAAGUCAGUGCUCUCCCGGUGAAUCCCCAGGGCCACGCUCUCUGGCACGUCUUGAUGGGAUUCACGUCCUACUUCGCCAACAUGUUCUUACAGUUUUGUAGAGCUCAGCAAUUGGAUUGGUCUCCGGAGCUGCGGUAUUUUUUCGGGCUUCUUCCUUACAUCAAGGUGAUCAAGCCCAGCAUCGACGAGAAGGAAGAGUGAAUUUACAAGAGAAAGAACACACACUGGGUGGUGGUGGUGGUGGUGGCGAGAAGGAAAGUUUUAAGAUUACACUACACACACUCGAGGUUCUUUCGUUUCGAUCUUUAUUUUUCUCUCUUCUUGGAUGAUCUUGGAUAUGACUCUCUCGUUCUAUCUCUCUUUCUCUUCUCUUUCUCUUGUUUAAUUUUCGAUUGUCUCGAAGAUCGGAUUGUGUUCUUCGUUGUUCGAGCUUUGGUUGGUGUAUAGUAAAGAAAGGAUAUUCAAAUUUUUGUC